CUGCAAAGUUGGAGAGGGGCCUGAGGCCAUGAGCGAGCUGAUCUCCAAGCAGAGCAGCGAGGGCAUGGUGUCCCGCCUGCUCCAUGUGGUGGAGAGUGAGCUGCAGGCCGGGAGGGAGAAAGGCGACCCUACAGAGAAGCAGCUGCAGAUCGUCCUGGAGGAUGCCCCGCUCUGGCAAAGAUUCAAGGAAGUCACUAACGAGAUGAUUGUGACCAAGAACGGCCGACGGAUGUUCCCUGUCCUAAAGAUCAGCGUCACGGGGUUGGACCCCAAUGCCAUGUACUCCCUCCUGUUGGAUUUUGUGCCCACGGACAGUCACCGUUGGAAGUACGUCAAUGGCGAGUGGGUGCCUGCGGGUAAACCCGAGGUCUCCAGCCACAGCUGUGUCUACAUCCAUCCCGACUCCCCCAACUUUGGAGCCCAUUGGAUGAAAGCUCCCAUCUCCUUCAGCAAAGUGAAACUGACCAACAAGCUCAACGGAGGUGGGCAGAUAAUGCUGAAUUCUCUGCAUAAAUAUGAGCCACAGGUUCACAUAGUGCGCGUUGGAGGCACACACCGCAUGGUAAUGAACUGCUCCUUCCCCGAAACCCAGUUCAUAGCGGUGACUGCCUAUCAGAACGAAGAGAUAACAGCUCUCAAAAUCAAGUACAACCCAUUUGCCAAAGCCUUCUUGGAUGCCAAGGAAAGAAAUCACCUGAAAGACGUCCCGGAAGCAGUCUCUGAGAGCCAGCACGUGACGUAUUCUCACUUGGGAGGCUGGAUCUUCUCCAAUCCUGAGGGCAUGUGCACAACAGGGAACACCAACUAUCAGUAUGCUGCUCCUUUGCCCCUGCCUGCUCCCCACACCCACCCUGGCUGUGAGCACUUCUCCGGCCUCCGAGGACACCGGCCAGCUCCCUACCCCUCCGCGUACAUGCAUCGAAACCACUCUCCCUCAGUGAAUUUGAUAGAAAGCUCAAGCAAUAACCUGCAAGUUUUCUCGGGACCCGACAGCUGGACUUCCUUAUCCUCGACACCCCAUGGCAGUAUCCUCUCUGUACCCCACACCAAUGGACCAAUCAACGCAGGGCCUAGUGCCUACCCGUGCCUGUGGACCAUCAGCAAUGGCGCCGGGGGCCCUGUGGGGUCGGGCCCAGAGGUGCAUGCCAGUGCCUCGGGAGCAUUUCUUCUCAGUAACACAGCCGUGACGUCACCCCCGUCUGUGCUCCCUGCUCAAGUACCUGCUUCAGCUGGCGUGGAGGUUCUGGCGGAGCCCUCGCUUACCAGCAUCGCUGUGUCCACCUGGACAGCAGUGGCCUCGCAUCCCUUCCCUGGCUGGGGUGGCCCAGGUGGGGGUGGGGGCCAUUCUCCCUCCUCGUUGGACAGUUAGAGAGGAUCCCAGGACCCUC